AUGGUUGUAGAUAGUGUAUUACCUACUGAAACUCCUUUACAAAAGUUUCAAGAUAAUUCACCAGUCUCUGAUUCUUCUACUGGUCAGGUAAAUUUUUGUAGAGAGAUGAAUUCUGAACAUACACCUUCAUUUAAAAAUUCAACAAAAAAAUCAACUUUAUCUGAAACUUCUAGUUAUGAUGAUCCAACUGCUUUUUUUGGUUCAUUAAGAGUUGAAAAGACAUCACGAACACCAUAUUCUGAUGCUACAAAUUGUAAGAAAACUUCUAAUCAUGUUAAAAGGCCAAUGAAUGCAUUUAUGGUUUGGAGUCAAUUAGAAAGAAGAAAAAUUUGUGAAAAUCAACCUGAAAUGCAUAAUGCUGAGAUUAGCAAAAAAUUAGGUACGAGGUGGAGAAAUUUAACUGAAGAUCAAAAAGCUCCAUUUGUUGCAGAGGCUGAAAGAUUAAGAUUACUUCAUCAGAAGGAGUAUCCUGAUUAUAAAUAUAAACCAAGAAAGAAAAAUAAAAAAGGUGGUGGUCCACUUGUUCAAAAUUUUCCACAAAAUCAAACAUUUGAUUAUUCAACCUCUCAAUAUAAUAAUUCAACCAAUUCAUCAAUUAGUUUCAAUAAUAUGUUGAGAAGUUUUAAACGUCCACCAACAGAUGUAAAUUCAGUUGUUAAUGGUCAGGGACAUCCUUUUAAUAUUAUGGUUUCUGGUAAUGAGAUAUCGACACCAGCAUCUUAUGGCAAAGCUAUGAAAGUUGAUUAUAAUGGGAUAGCUUUAAGAAACAAUGAUGGAAAUCUUGUUCCGUAUAAUAAUACUUUUAAUACAUUCUCAUCUAUUAACACAACACCAUCUGCCAUAAAAUGUGAACUUAAACAGGAAUUAGUUAACUUCUCAACUAAUCAACCCUCCACAACAACUACCUCAUACCCAUCACCAACUGAUUUUAAUACAACACCUAGAACUCCAGAAUCAGGUUUUUGCGAUGAAAGCUUUAAUUCUUUCAACGCAUCUUUUAAUACUUCUAAUCCAUCAUCAUCUUUUAUACAUAGUAGUGGAAACAAUUUUAAUAUUAAUAGAAUUGGAAAUGAUUUUUCAUCAAAUUAUUAUCAUUCUUAUCCUCAAACAAGUAAUUCACCAAACUCACCAUCAACAGUAGGUACAGGAUCUCCAUCAUCUGUAGGAAUUGAAAAUACAAAUAAUCAAUAUACAAUACCUUAUACUACAUCAGGAAAUUUUCCCCAUUGGGAUUCUUUUACAUAUACACAAUCAAUGUAUGAAAAUAAUUCAAUAGGAUUUUCUCAUUCAACUACAGGAUAUGGAAAUUAA